UCCAAGAUGCAGAGUCAUCGUAGCUUUUGCGGCCUGUUUAUCAUUUUAAGUUUUUUCUCGCUAACUGUUCAAGAUGAAGCCAAAACUGAACCGCCUUCGGCACCUGCACUACCAGCAACACCAGCGGCACCUGCACCACCUGCAGCAGCCCAGGAACCUUCUGAGGUCAGUAAGCCGGAGUCUUCAAAUACACCUGCCGCAUCCAAGUGCAAGUCCACCGAAGUUCUAUCCGAGACUGGCUGCGUGGAUCGCGAGUUCUUCCUAAGCCGGAUCAUCAUGCGAUCUUGGAAGGACGACGGCUUCGAAAAGGCAAAGGCGAGGGCCGGCCUGGUGGACAAUAUGCAGUGCCGGGGUAACGAGGUCAGGACUCCCUUUGGCUGUUCGAGCCGACCGUUACCACCGCACAGGGAAUCAAAUCGGGUGGGAGUGCAUCACAGCAGUUUGAAUCACGACCAGGUGGUGAUCUCCUAUUCCGGUUCGAAUGCACGCAGUGUUCGCCACGAAAAUGGCAUGGAAAAGAAACCAUCUUACUCGGGACGCCCUUUUUCCGCGCAUAAUCGUCCCCGUAAGAACUACAUCCUGCCGGGCCGCUUGCUCCGAACUUUUCGUAAAUGUCGACCUUAUGAGACACUCGGAAAAGACGGUCAAUGCCAUCGAAAAAAGGGCAUAAACGGAAAUUACAAACACAAGGAUCACGUAUAUGGACUUCAAAAGAGACACCGCCAUGAAGCACAUAGGGAAUCCUCGACCGAUUGAGAUGAUUGCCGAAUAGGUUUGUGUUAGUCUAGUAGAGAAUAUAACAAAAACUUCUGGCCACCUUUUGUAAAUAAAAAUGCUCAAUAUUUA